UGUGCAGUGAACAUCUCUAAUGGCUCCUCGGUACGCACCAAGUCUGCGCUCCCGUCUGGCUCCUCUGCUGCUCCUCCUGCAGCUGGGCUUCAUUGUCAUUUAUGCCUUUUACACUGAGAUCCAGUACCAUGGAAAGCCACAUGGGGACACCUUUAGUAACAUCUACCCAGAGUUCCAGGAUGUGAACGUGAUGGCGAUUUUAGGCUUUGGCUUCUUGGGCACUUUCCUUGUGCGGUAUGGUUUCAGUGCCUUGGCCUUCAACCUCCUUGUGGCCGUCAUAGCCACACAGUGGGCAGUCAUACUCAACGGUAUCGAAGCCUACAAUGAAAAGAUACGGCUGGAUAUAAGGAGCUUGGUAGAAGCAGAAAUGUGCACAGCCUCUGUCCUCAUUUCGAUUGGAGCUGUACUGGGGAAGACCAACCCUGUUCAGCUCAUCCUCAUCUCACUGCUGGAGGUUUCGGGGUUCAUCUUGAAUAAAUGGGUCCUGCAGACUCUGCUGAAGGUGCGGCUGGUGGACAGCAUCAUGAUGCUACACAUCUUUGGGGCUUUCUUUGGACUCACGCUGACCUGGAUCCUGUAUCGGAAAGGUUCAGAACAGCGAUUUGAAAAAGAGACAUUCCACCACAGAUCUGGAUUAUUCUCCAUGUUGGGGACUGUGUUCCUCUGGAUGUUUUGGCCCAGUUUUAACUCGGUUCUUGUGGAUGAUCGUAGUCCCGGGAGGAAGCUCGAGGCCGUCUGCAGCACCUACCUGGCCCUGGCCGUCAGUUCUGUAACAGCAGCUGCUGUGUCCGUGCUCUCUAGUCCCAAGGGAAAACUCAACCUGAUCCAUAUGCAGCGGUGCACUCUUGCUGGUGGUGUUGCUGUUGGUGUCGCCAUGUCUGUGGUUCAUCAGCCAUGGGAGGCCAUGAUGAUUGGAUUCACUGCUGCUGUUGUAUCAACCAUCGGACACAGAUACCUCAAGACUCAAAUGCUACUUGCAUUUCAAUGCCACGACACCUGUGCUGUUCUCAGUACACACGGUCUCCCUGGUCUACUGGGAUGGACAGCACAUCUUCUCCUGCAGAUUAAAGACUGCGACAACCACACAACAGCAAUCCGGUUUGCUGUAUUUCACAUUUGUACUCUCCUCAUCACCGUCACUAUAAGUCUUUCCAUGGGGAUAAUCACAGGACUUAUACUCAAGUGGAACUUCUGGAGACCACCCCAGGACAAGAAAUGUUUCGAUGACCAGGCUUUCUGGGAAGUAAGUAGUCAACAUAAUAUUCCCCUUUCUACAAUGAAAAUAACAUUUUCCAGUGAGACUCAAAGAAUAAUCAUUUUCUAUAUUUUGCAGUUUCCUAAUCUAGCAGUGAAAAAAUGAGAGGGUGGAGUUAGACAGGCCAAGUGUGGAAUCCUGGAAGCGAAACAUAUUUUCAUGUCAAUGUAUAAUAUUAUAUAAAUGUAUUAUUAUAAUACAAAGAUGCUUUUUUUAAGAAUGAAGGUUUAACCAGAGAAACAUGAAUGUAGGUCAUUUAUUGUUCAGUAGGUUUUUGUUUAAUGUUGUCAUAUUUGUCACGAAAUAACCUUGGAUGUUACACAAGCAAAAUGUAUAUGAGUAAGUAAAGCAGUGAAAUAAAACAAUACAUUUGGAUGAUGUUCAGAGCUGACAGUGUCUACAAACAA